AUGGCGUAUCCCUACAUCGACACACCGCGCACCGAAGUCGAUGGCAACGCGACGUACCUGACCAACGGCUUCCGCAGCGUCGGACGACACAACCUGUCCGCUCUUGAUUCGGUGGAAAACUCAUUCCAAACGCCUUCUAAAGAUGAAGAUAUCCUGAAAACGCUCGGCGAUGACCGCAGACGCAGUUCCGGCGGGUUCAAGCUCAACACACCGCGUGCCGGCUCCGGUCCCAAAUCCACGAAAAGCGCGUUUAACAGUCGACAAACGCUCCCGACGACCGCGCCUCCCAAAGGCGAAUUUACGCCGCUAAUGAAGAGCGCAACAAAGAACAAUUUCCUCCGAAACAUGUCGACGGCGCGGACCGGCGCUCCGAAAACCCCAGCGUACCUCAGAUCCGGCUACCGGAGUAAUGGCAACACCUCUGUACUGCCAGGCAUGGAUAUGACCGAUAUUGAUGAGGAGGACGCGACCGACGACCAGCCGACACCCUUGCCGCAGGUGGCCAGCAGUAGCGUGCAGAGUACUCCUCUGCCGGGACUGCCCGGGCGCGACGGGGGUGGAGUGCUCAACGAUGGUCAAAAUAUGAUGACCUUGAAGGAACAAGAAAAGAUAAUCGACAAACUCGACAAGGACAAUUUUGGGUUGAAACUCAAGAUUCACUAUCUUCAGGAGCAGUUGGAGAGGGCUGGUCCUGCGUACAACCAAGCAGCGCUGAAAGAGAAUACCGAGCUCAAAGUCACGAAAUUGACCCUGCAACGCGACAUCUCUCGGUACAAGAAGAGUCUACAGCAGGCGGAACGCGACCUAGAAGCAUAUCGCAUACAGUUCCAAGAACUCCGCGAGAAAUCACGAAGGAGACAAACCGACGACACGAUCCAACGAGAGAUGGACUUGAUGCGGGAAGAAAUCGAGUCGCGGGAUCGCCAAGUGAAGGAAUUACAGGAGGCCCUACGCAAUUCCAGGGACAACCAGUCGCAGGAGGUGGAGAAGCUCCGAGACGAAGUCGAAGAUUUGGAAGCGUCGCUGCGAGAAAAGGAGCGGAUCAUCGACGAGCGUGACGAGGAAAUCGAAGAAUUGAAGGACCGAGAUGGAAAGGAGAAUGAUGCGCUUUCGGAGCUUGAAAGUGAGCUUCAGCGCGCGAAGGAGCAGAUGGAGGAGCUACAAGAAUCGCUGGAUCAAGCCAAGUCGGAAGCUCGCGAGGCGAGGGAGUCUGAAAGCAAGGCUUUACAGGCCAAGGAAGAAGCCGAACAGAACCUGCAGGAGCUCCACGAUGAAAUGGCGAAUAAAUCGUUUAGCACCAAAGGCCUUACGCGUCAGCUCGAGGAGAAAGCGGCGAAGCUGGAGGAAGAGCUCAGAGAACUGCAUCAACAGAAUGAUACGCUUAAGCACGAGCUCGAGUCAAAGUCCUACAAUGAAGCUCGUCUCGAAGAGCAGUACCGCAGUGUUCGGGAAAGCCUGGACAGCGAAGGGCACAAACAACACGAGGAAGCGGAAGCGGCGAAACGCGAAUUGGAGAUGGUGCGACAAGAGCGUGAAGAAAUCCAUGCUCAGCUACAGCAGGCUCUUGAUGAGAUUCAACGCCGGACGGAAGAAAAGGAGCUUCUUCAGACACGGCACUACGCCUUGACGGAUGAGUCCGGUGGCCUCCAGCAAGAUCUCGUGAAAGCCCAAGCCAGAGCCCGAGAGCUUCAGCUGGCGCUUGAGGACGAAAGGCAGCGAGCGUUGGAUGAUGCAGAUAGCAUCAGAACUCAGUACAGGGAGGAGAUCGAGAGGCUGCAAGAGGAAAUCGAAUCUCUGCAGCAUGAGAUUGAGGACAAAGAAGGCCAGUUUGCACUCGAGCAAGACCGAUGGGAGAGUGCAAAGCGCACCUUGCAGCAUCAGAAGGAUCGAGCCGAAGACCAAGCCGCUGGCUUCAAGCGCACGAUUGAGAAGCUCGAACAAGUCGAACACACGCUUACUGGCAAAGAGUCCAAACUCCAAGAGGUCAUUGACAGUGAAAAGGCUCGCCACUUUAACUCCGAGGCGGUUUUGAGCCGUCAGGUGAAGGAGCUGAAUGAUGAGCUUGCUUCAAAACGACAAAUCAUUGAUGACCAACGAACAGAGCUGCUGUCCAUUAAAGAAGAACUCCGCUCUGCCAGACGGACAGAGACGUCUCUGAAGGAAAGGAUACAGGGUCUGGAAGAUGAAAUCGUGGUCUUGCAGGCAAGCCUCGACGAGGAGAAGGAAAUUGCUCGAGGGAGGGUGCAGAGGGGCUCUGAUCAUGAUAACCAGGUCCAGAAGCUGCUCACCGAGAAGCAAAAACUUCGAGACCAGCUGGCCAAUGCUCAUGUUGAACUGCAUGACCUCCGCACCUCGGCAGCCGAGUUAGAAGCCGAGCGUGAUGAACUCCAAAGCCAACUUGAACAAGUUCAAAACCAGGUCGACGACACCUCCCGAUUUGAUCGCGAAAAGGUCGAGCUCCGCAAAACGACAUUACGGCUCGAAGGGGAGCUGAAGCGGUUGAAGGACGAGAAAUCGACCCUGCUAGAAGCAAAGGAAAGCCUCGAAAACCAACUGAACUCGGAGAUUGAGCGAGCUACUGCUGAGGAGAAUCGCCUAUCCGCAGAGGUUGACCAACUACAAGACAAACUCCAGGCCUCGGCGGGCGGCAGAGACCGGGAGCUUACCCUGUCAAAAAGCAAGCUCCAGCGUUAUGAGAGGCGUAUACAGGAACUCGAGGCUCUUCUUGAACAGCAGCCUCUCGCUGAUACUGAUCAUGUAUCGACCAAUGCAGAUCUCUCGCUGCUGCGGCACAACCUAGAUGAAGCCAAGAAGCGAGAGAAGGUGCUUCUACAGCGCGAAGCGGAGCAGAAGUCGUCCGUGCGUAAUUACAAGUCACGGAUUGCUGAGUUGGAAAGAGAGUUGCAUGACGCUUUGAUGAAGAAGUUCGAGACGCGAUCACCCCAGUCGUCGCCUUCUGAUAAGCUUCAUGAAGAGCUGCGAAGCUUGCGCAAGCAGCUCUCGGAGGCGCAUCGGGCUCUACGGGACCUGAAAACCAAGAAUCGUGACCUCGAACGGGCUGCGAUGAGGGAAGAGGACCAGCGCGACCUCCACGAACUUCUCAAAUCGUCUACACUUGAAGCUGAGUCGCUCGCACUGAAGGUGUCGGAGCGAGAUGCCCGUCUGAACGAGUUCAAGGCCCAAGUCCGCCGGAUCCGCGAGGAACGUGCGUUCUGCGCAAGAAAGGCAGAGAGGGCAAUGAAAGAGCUUGAGGCGCUUCAGGAGCGCUACAACCAGGUGGUGGAAAAGGCCGGGGCCAGGUCUGACACGCAAACGCGGCAUGACAAGGAGAUCUUGGGCCUGGGCAAGGAAAUCAUCUGGCUGCGGGCUCGGUUGAAGCGCGAGGAGAAGUUCCGCCGCGAUUUGGCUUGGAGCAAGGGUUUGAUGGAACUUGGCGAGCGAGUUCGGGUGGUUUGCAACGAAGCGGAUCUACGAAUGAUCUCGGAGAUGGGCGUCAAACCACGGGACCGCCACAACAUUCGGGAGCCUCGGCAGAAGCUGAAGACGGCCGUUUCUAUGGUUCGGGCCAUCGUCCGGAUGCAGCGGAUGGGCCAGGAGUGGAAGAAGACGCGGAAGCUGGGCGAGGGCCUGAAACGGGCCAAGAGCGAGGUGUUGAAGAGACGCGAUGGGUCGAGCAAGGUGUCGGUAUGA